AUGGCCCUCCAUUCAACGGACAGGAAAUCAGGCGAUACAUGGAGAUCCAAUGGCAUUGAGUUUGUAACAGUCACCCCUUUAUGGCCACAGGGCAACUCAGAAGCGGAGUCAUUCAUGAAACCAUUGCUCAAGUCCAUUCUAACAGCUCGAACAGAGGGCCGAAAUUGGAAAAAAGAAUUAUUCACCUUCCUCCUGAAUUAUCGAGCGACUCCCCACAGCACCACAAAAGUUGCCCCAGCCGAACUCCUGUUUAACAGAACAAUUCGCACCAAGUUACCACAACAAUACACUUCAUCAAAACCAAUCGACAAGCAUAUCAUGGCAAAGGAGAAUGAUCACAACUCCAAAAGUCAAAUGAAAAGGUAUACUGAUCAGGCGAGGCACACAAAGAAGACUCUGAUUAACGUUGGUGAUUUGGUUAUAUAUAAACAACAAAAGAAGAACAAGUUUUCAACAAAAUUCAAUCCAGCCCCUUACAAAGUGAUUAAAGUCCACGGUGCCACAAUUACAGCCCAACGACACUCUCAUCAAAUUACCAGAAACAUAUCCUAUUUCAAGCGUCUUAACCUUGGUGAAAAAGAGCGACAAUACCAUCUUGAUGAUCAACCGUCAGAUGAAGAAGAGGAUGAGAUAGUAAGAAACGAACAGGAUCAAGAAAACGAAGAGGAUGCAAGAAGGUACGCUGCAAGGGAUAGACAAUGAACAAACUUUUAUCAUGAUCCGGACUCGGCAAUUCUCAGUCAUUAACUUAUGAACUGGUAAAUAGGGUCCAGGUACUAUUAAAAAAAUUUUGAGUUAUAGUUUUGCAUGUUCUGAAGUUAGAAAGUAUUAAAUGCGAAGGUAGGGAGGAGUGUGAUGAUGACGUCAACGUCACAUACCGUAUAUAGACAACAAUGCUUUGCGAGGACAUAAGCUAGACCGCAUGGCGAACAGAGCAUGGCGAGCUUGAUAUUAUUGUAUUUGAAAAACAACUUAUAGUUAAUAAAGCUUGGAUAUUACA